GCCGGGACUUUCAUGGGGCGUUGUGAUUCAAGCCUUCCUGCGACGUUGCGGUGAUCGGUUCCUCGGCUCCAUCGCGGAUCCGUGACGACGACGACGACUUGUGACCGGUGUUAUUGUUGCUGCAGCGAUGGCCAACGCAGUUGCAUGCAUGGCGGGUCUGUCCCAAGGCGCGAAGCUGGGGAGCAGCUUGGCCGGGACUAAGGUGGUGAGCAGCGGCAGUGGUAUGGCCGCGGCCGUGCAGUGCGGCCCCGUGAGUGUGCGCGCCCAGAGCGAGGAGGCGCAAUCCCGCAGGGGAUUCUUGAGCUUGGCCGCCGUGUCCCUGGCUGCCACUGCUCUCGCCGGCAAUGCCCGCGCUCUUGAGGCCAUCAAGCUGGCUCCCCCUCCACCCCCCUCCGGUGGCUUGCCCGGAACCGAAAACGCUGAUCAAGCCCGAGACACGGAUUUGCCUUUGAAGUCGAGGUUCUACUUGCAACCCAAGACCCCUCAGGAAGCCGCGGAGCGUGUUAAGACCGCAGUGGAGGCCAUCAAGGAAGUCAAGCCCUUGAUCGAAAAGAAGGCAUGGCCAUACGUCCAGAACGGUCUGCGCUCGUCCGCAUCGUACUUGCGAUACGACCUGAACACCAUCGAGGCAUCCAAACCUAAGGCUGACAAGAAGGCCUUCAAGGCUCUGACCGCCAAGGCCCUUGAUACCUUGGACACCUUGGACUACGCAGCGAGAGUGAAGAGCCUACCCAAGGCUGAGAAGGCGUACGCAGAGACCGUUGCCUUGCUCGGUGAAGUUAUGUCCCAGUUAUAGAUCUAGGGAUCUGCAUACAAUGUAACAAUAGAAGCCUGAAUCUUAUGCAACCGGAUACUUUCCCUUUCAUGUGCAUUUGUCUCUGCAAGCCUGCUGGUUUGAGAACGGUACAUUAUGCCUGUAGACAUCACAAGUGAUUCUGUAAGCCCGUAAUUUGUCGACUAUACCACAUUGUUUUAUCAUUGAAGCAGUC